AGAUUAAACAACGAUGUUUUCGGUUGGCUUAUCGAUUUCACCACAACCGAUCGCGUUGGUUCCUGUUUCUGCUUUGUAAGUAGAUCCUGAAUGAAAAGUUUUCACAGGCCAGGGCCUCGUGUUCAUCGUAAUCUCUCGCGUUAUCUCGGGAGGUGGGACGGAUUUCAUACCUGUUGUAAUCCAGCGAUUUACCUGGCCCAGGUAUACAUCUUCAUCAGCCCUCCGGGGAGAGCACGAGCGAUUUAUUUGUUUUCUAUGGUUUACCGUGGACUGUGACCCCAAAAGGAGAGAUGGUCGGUUUACUUUAACAGUGUGUAUCAAAGAAGGGGGGAAAAGGUAAACAAAACAACAAAAACGGUGCAAAUGUGUCGUCGCUGUGCAUGUUUGAUAAAUUCGACGUCAGUGCCCGCGGCUAUAGAAGAACUGAAUCAUUAUUUAUAAGAUAAAAGGCAAAUCUAGGGAGUACAUCGUUAACGAAAAAAAGCCCUAAUUGGGACGUAUGAAAUUUUUGUAGCCAGGAGUAUAAACAAUCGGACAGCUUCACUAUGAUACCAGAGUCGGUCAGUGAGACGGUGACACAUGUCCCUGUCCCCAACUACAGAGAGGACUCGGAUAUUAGUGUUUUAUUUUUCACGGCCAUGAAAAGAUUCCACGAGGAAGUGGACUUCAAACCAGUUCUGCGAGCCGUCCGUCACAAAGACACGAUCGUCUGCUACAAAGACUGCACCAAAAAACGUUACGUCAGCAGAGCUUUCUAUGAACCGAAGAUAAAACCCAAAAUAUUUUCCGAAAGCAUGGUGAUUUAUCCGAAGCGUCCCGAACGGACUUUUGUCACUUUGUUGAACUACCACAUCGAGGAGUGUAGAAAGUGGUUUAAAACUACCCUGGAAUUCAAAGCACGGACUUAUACUAGUAGUAAAAUCAUGAAGGACAGUGGGUAUGGGUCAGAUUUAGAAUCCUCCAGUGAGGAGGGGGAGGGUUGGGAUAGACAGACGGACACACUUAAGGAUUCGGGGCCUGCUGCAACAUCAGUGUUCAUCCCGCAGUUUGAAAAACGACGAUCUCAAAACGAGGACUUCAAGGAAAUAGAAAAAGAAAUUCUAGUCAAUGGAUAUACUGAUUUAUGAUAAAGCUGUACUAGUGUGAAUUUCCAUAGGUGUUUUCUAUAUAUUUGCAUAUACAUGUACUCAUUGAUUUAUGUCUUUGAACCAAAUAAUAGCAAUAGGCAAUCGAUGUACAGUAGAAUGUUUAGAAUUGCUUUUACACGAAAUCAAAAAUAAAAACGCGUAGGCGCUUACAAGAUUAAUUGAGUUUGAAAUGGAAUUCUGAUCUAUUAAGUCACUAUGGAAUGUUAUUACAGAGCUUGCUUUUCAUAAACCUGUUCUUAUCGCAUAGUUAACAUUAGACAGAUUAGGUGCACAAUAAAAUGAACCCUGUCUAUAAAAUGUAGAAUAAAUGACUUAAGUUUUACUCUCCACUUCUAAA